AUGGCAGAAAACGAUGCCUAUUUCCCCAAUCUUUUGCCAUCAACCCCUCGGCGCAUGGAUUCUCAUGAGUCCAGAAACCUAAGUGUUCACAUAAAGGACUCUUUCAGUCUCACGGCUCUUUUCACCAUUGGCGCCAUCACACAGUCCGUCCUCUUCCUCGUGUUCCCCGCCGGGUACGCGAUCGUCCCGUUCUCGGCCUGCGCUCUUAUCUCGGCGAUCUCUACUCUCUUCGAACUUCGCAGCGGUAAGACAUAUCCGAAGGGAGUAGUUCCAGGCCAGGUUACGGCUCAGAUGGUCGAUCCAAGUAAUGGGAAAAUACCUGCUAUUCCUGCUUCGCAAUCCUUGGUUGUUUUCCACCUCGGUGUACGAUUCAAUCACACUUUGGGCCUCAUUUCGCCUGGAGCGUCUGAGGUUGUUAAGCAUUUCGACGCUAUGAACGCAGAUCUCAGAAGACGAGCAGACGAGUACGGCCUUUACCACUUCUCAAACUGGAAAGGGGCCGAAUCAGACCGCAACAACACUUUGCUUAUGAUCUACUACUUUCGUAACGUCGACGGUCUGAACCGUUUUGCGCACGACACGUUGCAUUGGAACACUUGGAAGUGGUUUAACAGCAUCAAGGAAGAUCACAAGCAUCUUGGCAUCUUCCACGAAACCUUCAUUACCAGUGCCCAGCAGUACGAGACCAUUUACGAAAAUAUGCCGCCAGUGCUUUUGGGCGCUGCAAGUGUUGCAAGUACGAACGAGAUAAGUAAGGAAAAGACUUGGGUCAACACAUUGGUUGAUGCCGACGUUAAGCCGUUGAGGACUCAGCUCCGUCGGAUGGGAAAGCACUAUCGACCGGCGGCUGAUCGUGUUUAA